CACGCGCUUAAAGUAUUUGACUUGUUGCACAGAGGUGAGUAAGUGAGCCGCGUGCGUGUUGACGAGCGAGACAUUAUUACAGUAGCCUAUUCUGAUUGCGCCGAAGGAAGUUUCUUCAUUCUCCUUUAUGUAUAUAGAGUAACCUACUUUUGUGUGUGAUGGGCGUGAAAUGUGAUACGGUACCGACAUGAAGUCCGGAGAGCAGACUGAUUACGAGGGAGAGCUAAAUAGUUUGCCCGACGACUCCAACUUUGUCAAACCAUAUUUAUUAGAACUGAGACAGAGGGCACAGAAAGACAUCAUCGACCCGCAGGAAAGUUUGAAUUGGUCGGACAGUUUUCUGAUAAAGUUUCUGCGAGCGAGAGACUUUGAUGUUGAGCUGUCACUGAAGGUUGGUAUCUCGUUGGGUUAAAGGUAUUGAGAAAUUGAAACUGUUUUGGCUAGGCCGCAUGUUGCCCAGCUAACACAUUAGUUCCUUGGAAGUUGUGGGAAUGUAAGUUUUUGGUUUCCCAUUGGUUCUGGGAACGAAGACAUAAGUGUCCUGACCAGUAAAACUGAAAGCUUUUUAAAUGUUCUGAGAACAGAAGUUACAAUUUCGCCUGUUCUGAGAAUGUUCCUUUUAAGAUUGCAGGGAGGUUCUGAGAACAUUUUACUAUGGUUCCCUGAACAUUUUCCUAGGAGGUUUUAUUAAUUUUCUGAGAACGGAAAUGAUAGGUUAUUUGAAGAUAAUUAACGUUCUGAGAACAUGUUUCAAUAAGACUCAAUAAAACUGAUAGCUUAGUUUAGCUGUUUUGGACUCCAAGCACAGAUAGGACACAUGGAAAUUAAUUUGCUUAGGCAUUAAUCAUGCAACCAUUUAUUUUAUUUUUUGUGGCACGGCAUCAAUGAGAUUCAAACCUAAGAUCUUCUGUUCUCUAUCCAUGGAAUUAAUCCACUGCACCACAAGGAUGGAGCUUGCGUGCCAUGUUCUUUCUUGUGGUUUUUCUGGAAAGUUUUCUUAAUGUUUUGAGAACAAUUUGAGAACUACUUUCAAAUCAAAUUUUAUUUGCCACAUGGGCCGAAUACAACAGGUGUAGACCUUACAGUGAAAUGCUUACUUACAAGCCCUUAACCAACAAUGCAGUUUUAAAUAGAACCAUGAGGAAACCUGUAGGAAACAUUAUGCUGAAGUGCUGAAAUUCCAACCUAAGAAACAUUUACAACACCGUUCAAAAGUUUGGGCUCAGUUAGAAAUGUCCUUGUUUUCAAAAGAAAAGCAUUUUUUUUGUCCAUUAAAAUAACAUCAAAUUGAUCAGAAAUACAGUAUAAACAUUGUUAAUGUUGUAAAUGGCUAUUUUAACUGGAAACAGCAGAUUUUUAGUGGAAUAUCUACAUAGGCGUACAGUGGCCCAUUAUCAGCAACCAUCAGUCCUGUGUUCCAAUGGCACGUUGUGUUUGCUAAUCCAAGUUUAUCAUUUUAAAAGGCUAAUUGAUCAUUUGAAAACCAUUUUGCAAUUAUGUUAGCACAGCUGAAAACUGUUGUGCUGAUAAAAUAAGCUAUAAAACUGGCCUUCUUGAGACUAUUUGAGUAUCUGGAGCAUCAGCAAUUGUGGGUUCGAUUACAGGCUCAAAAUAGCCAGAAACAAAUAACUUUCUUCUGAAACUUGUCAGUCUAUUCUUGUUCUGAGAAGUUAAGGCUAUUCCAUGCGAGAAUUUGACAAGAAACUGAAGAUCUCGUACAACGCUGUGUACUACUCCCUUCACAGAACAGCGCAAACUGGCUCUAACCAGAAUAGAAAGAGGAGUGGGAGGCCCCGGUGCACAACUGAGCAAGAGGAGAAAUACAUUAGAGUGUCUAGUUUGAGAAACAGACGCCUUACAGGUCCUCAACUGGCAGCUUCAUUAAAUAGUACCCGCAAAACACCAGUCUCAACUUCAACAGUGAAGAGGCGACUCCGGGAUGCUGACCUUCUAGGCAGAGUUGCAAAGAAAAAGCUGUCUCUCAGACUGUCCAAUAAAAAGAAAAGAUUAAGAUGGGCAAAAGAACACAGACACUGGACAGAGGACGAUUGGAAAAAAAAGUGUUAUGGACAGACGAAUCGAAGUUUGAGGUGUUCGGAUCACAAAUAAGAACAUUUGUGAGAAGCAGACCAAAUGAAAAGAUGCUGGAGGAGUGCUUGAUGCCAUCUGUCAAGCAUGGUGGAGGCAAUGUGAUGGUCUGGGGGCGAUUUGGUGGUGGUAAAGUGGGAGAUUUGUACAGGGUAAAAGGGAUCUUGAAGAAGGAAGGCUAUCACUCCAUUUUGCAACGCCAUGCCAUACCCUGUGGAUGGCGCUUGAUUGGAGCCAAUUUCCUCCUACAACAGGACAUUGACCCAAAGCACAGCUCCAAACUAUGCAACAACUAUUUCAGGAAGAAGCAGUCAGCUGGUAUUCUGUCUAUAAUGGAGUGGCCAGCACAGUCACCGGAUCUCAACCCUAUUGAGCUGUUGUGGGAGCAGUAUGGUACGUAAGAAGUGCCCAUCAAGCCAAUCCAACUUGUGGGAGGUGCUUCAGGAAGCAUGGGGUGAAAUCUCUUCAGAUUACCUCAACAAAUUGACAACUAGAAUGCCAAAGGUCUGCAAGGCUGCAAAUGGAGGAUUAUUUGAUGAAAGCAAAGUUUGAAGGACACAAUUAUUAUUUCAAUUAAAAAUCAUUAUUUCUAACCUUGUCAAUGACUACAUUUCCUAUGCAUUUUGCUAUAUUUCCUAUUCAAAAUCAUUUCAUGUAUGUUUUCAUGGAAAACAAAGACAUUUCUAAGUGACCCCAAACUUUUGAACAAUAGUGUAGUUCUCAGAACGUUAUGUGCGAGCUGGGUAUCCUGCACCAUUCACUGAAAGUUGUGGGAAGGUUGUAUGCAAAAUAACCAUAAGACAACCACACUCUCACCAAGCUCUAAGAAACAUAUGGUUCUCAGAACGUUAUGUGCUAGCUGGGUUUUGAUGCGUAUCGCACUUGUUUAGAACUUUGACUCAAAGACUGUUUCUCAGUGAAAGAAAGUUGGGUCCAUGCCAACUGGACUAACGGGACAAUAAAUUAUUUGGGCUACAGAUUGUCGCUAUGUAAGCAGGUUUUAAACGACCAGAUUGCAGCACAGGCAUGGAUAAUGUCAAAAAGCAUGUGAAAUAAGUCUUAUCUUUUGCUUUGCAAUAGUUGGACGAUUUGGACCUCUCCAAAACGAAACAUUCACUGCAGGAUAGACUAUGCAGGAAUAGGUUGGGUUACUUAGUGUAAGUUAAUGUUUACACAACAAAAUGUGUGGCGUGGUUCAUGCCAGUAGCCCUAUAUCCUGUUCAUAGCGUACAAAUGUCAGUCAGUGUUUUCCAAACACACUGCCUGACAUGAUUUGACAGGCUGACAGCUGGCUGUAGUUCCUCUGUUGCAAUCCCAAAAAUAUUUAUUCUCGCUCUCUCGCCUGCUCUCUCUUGCUCUAUCUAUCUAUCUAAUAUAUCUAUCUAAUCUAUAGCUACUAGUUAAUUACCAGCAUUGGAGGAGAGAGUGCCCAGAGAUCAGUGCCAACCUGCACCCGUCCUCUGUCCUUGGACUCCUCCAGAAUAACUACCAUGGAGUGCUGAGGGACCGGGACCACAGCGGCAGCAGAGUGCUCAUCUAUAGGAUUGGUUAGUUCUCAUCUCUACAGUCUCAUAGGGUGUGGUCUGGGUGUCAGGCCAGGCAAACAGCACCACUGCAUCAAACCACCUAAAAUGUGCUUUGAACAUUAUUCCUUUUGAUUCAUCUGCCCAUGACUGUGUAAACGGCUAUGUAAGGAUAUGGAAUACUCUUCUACAGUAUUUGUUUCAAUAUAGUAUACUCUAUAGCAGGGGUAUUCAACUCUUACCCUACGAGGUCUGGAGCACUGCUGGUUUUCUGUUCUACCUGAUAAUGAAUUGCACCCACCUGGUGUUCCAGGUCUAAAUCAGUCCCUGAUUAGAGGGCAAUACAUACAUUUUUUUAAAGCAGUGGAACUGGCUUCGAGGUCAAGAUUUGAAUUUGAGGGCUCUAUCUAUAGGGUGUAAUUUGAGAUGUUGUCAUUUGAGAUGUGUUGGCUUGUCUCCUCAGGCCAGUGGAACCCCAAAGACUUCACAGUGUACCAGGUGUUCCGUGUCAGUCUGAUCACAUCUGAGCUGAUCGUCCAGGAGACAGAGACCCAGAGGAAUGGACUGAAAGCCAUUUUUGACAUGCAGGGAUGGUGCUUCGCUCAUGCCCUUCAGAUCAACCCCUCCCUGGCCAAGAGGAUCUCCUCUGUGCUCACGGUAGGUUAUCCGUUGAACUGGGUCAUGUUCAUUAGGACACGCAAUGGAAUUUUUCUAGAAGGGUAUUGCAACAGAAAAAAAAAAGAGAGUUUAUUAUUUCACUCCAUUUGGAACAUUUUAAACUACUGUUUUAAAGGGCCCAUCUGCUGGUUUGAGAAAUCAUCUUUGAAUGAAAACAGUGUUAGAAAAACAUGAUCAGUACUUGUAAAGGUCUAAGGAUAAGGUUAGUUCUGGAUCCAGAGUUGUCUGUAUUGUAGAAAUCUCAUGUGUUACUCUUACAGAAUAUAGCUAUACACAAUAGCUAUACUGUGAGUAAGCCUGUAAUAAUACUGUACCAAAGGUAGAAUCAGCAAGAUGACAUAGAUGCACAAAGUAAACAACAGUAAUUAGUCAAUAUCUGCAACAACUAAGAGGGUUGUAGUGUGAGGCUAAACUUCUCCGCUGUUUUGGUUCUGUAGCUCCCACGUUGUAGCAGCAGGAAGCACACCCGUGCACAUGCACAGAUACUUUGUGUGACUGUGUGAGAGCAAAGUCUUGCAUCCUGCUCAUCUCAAUAUCUGUGGUGCUGCUCGUUGCAUCGUCAUCUCGCUGAGUCUACCUUUAACCCUCUGUUUAAAUGUGAUCUCCUCAGGACUCGUUCCCUCUUAAGGUGCGAGGGAUCCAUCUGAUCAACGAGCCCAUAUUCUUCAGACCCGUCUUCGCCAUGAUCCGCCCAUUCCUGCCUGAUAAGAUCAAACAGCGGGUCAGUCACCAUGUUUCAUCAUUCACCUUCUUGCACUGACUCUUGUUUCACCUGGAUACAUCUUUUCAUACAUUUUCAACAGGAGUGAUAGAGAUUAUGAUGAUGACAACCUCAGAUGAUGAUGCUGUCUCUGAUGAUUGUGGCAACAAUGUUGAUCGUGACGGCAGUGACGCUAAUUCAUGUCAAUGCCCUCCUGUCUUAUUCCUAGAUCCACAUGCACGGCAGCACCUUCAAAGAGACUCUGAGGGAUUUCUUCUCCGAAGACAUCCUCCCCCAGGAGUACGGGGGCAGCGGCCCCUCCAUGGAAGAGGUGUGUCAGGAGUGGACCUCCCACAUCCUGCAGUGUGAGGAACUCCUCACCCAGCUCUCCAUCUACCCUGCAGGAGAUGAGGUCACCUCUGACCCCGACCCAGAACCUGACAGCCAGUCUGCCUACAGCUCUUGACUUCCCAUGGACUACACAUCCCAGAGUGCAUCUCACCAACCAACCACCAACCACACAACUCGUAGCAUCCUUCUGAAGUCCAAUUCCAAUUUCUUAUUCCUUCACAAAAUUCCUCCACCUUUCUUAAGGGAAUCCAAUCGAUAUGGUUGGGGUGCACAACUUGAGCUUUCGAGGUCCAAGAUUGUCUGCUAGUUUUGAGUUUACAAACGAGUAUCCUGGUUUUUAAAAGUUUUUAUCAGUUGUCUAUGAAAAGAUAGGAUGAUGACGAGGGAUGCUCGGUAGCAGCUAGUGCUCAAGAGUAUAAUAACACAUUGUGUUAAAGUAAUAACACAUUGGAAUUGGGCCUAGAC